CUCCAAGUUGGAAAAAGGAGAAGCACCAUGGUUGGGGAAGGGGAAAAGACCCAGUCAAGGUUGUCCAAGUAAAAUAGCAAGAUCCAAGCAAAAAGAAACUGAUGGAAAUAAAAGAAAACUAAAACAAUGUAUACCCAGAGAACUCUAUGGUUCUUCAAGUUGAAAGGAAAUCAUAGUAGAUGGAACCUCAGAAAGCAAUGAUGAGUAUCAGAAAAGCUGGGAGUGGAAGGAAACAUUGAACAGAACAUCCACCACACCGUGAUCAUCCUGGAGUUUUUGGACAUUCUGGAGGCUGGGAAGUCCAAGAUUGAGGGUCCACAUCUGGUGAAGACCUUCUUGCUGCAUCCUAACUUGGAAAAGUAUCACAUGGAAAAGACGCACGUUCGCAGCCCGCCAAGCAUUAGAAAGACACUGGUGGAAGACGUAGCUCGCGGGCGCCCUUUGCAGAAGAUGCUGGGAAAUGUAGUUCCUGUCGGCCGCGUGCGCAGGCGUACUUCCUCGCUUGGGAACCACAUCGCCAGACCGUGCUCUUUAUUUUUCCGUGGAGCAGAUGAGCUUUUUCUUUCCCGACACUUGCACUCGUGUGGGAGCUCUGCUUUCUCAGGUCUCUACUUACUUACAUAAGAUGGCAUCAAGAAGAAGGACCUGACCACUGGCCACUGACUACAUGGUUUUUGGAACCAGUGUCAGAGACAUGGCACAUGGAUGUGAUCUUCAAAAACUGUUACAGCCUCAUCUCAUUGGAAGAAAAAGAUAAUAUCUUCUACUUAAUCCUGGAUACUAUAUCCAAAGUCAGAGCAUCCACUCGAAAGCAGAGAAUUUCUGAAAAACAAAAUAAUGUCAUCAUAUGAUGUUAGAAUUUUUUUUCAAAUGAUGGUUCCUAAUACUUCACAUUAGAAGAACUCGAAUUUGAUGACCAGUUUGAGAAACACCAGUAUAACCAGAUUACAAGAAAGAGCAAGUCAAAAGGAUGAUCAUGAAUAUAACAACUUCGAGGAAACAUUUAAUCAAAAACCAAAGCUUUUUAAACAACUGAGAGUUUUUAUAAGAAAAAGACCUCAUACAGUAGUCCCCACUUAUUCAUGGGGGAUACAUUUCAAGAUCCCCAGAGAAUGCCUGAAAUCACUGAUGUACCAAACCCUAACCAGGUUCUUAGUAUGAGCUACUAAAUGACAAAUGGGUAGGUAGUACAUACAGUAUAGAUAUACUGGACAAAGAAAUGAUUCACAGCCCAGGCAGGACAGAGCAGAUCACACAAGAUUUCAUCACAGUACUCAGAAAACCACACCAUUUAAAAGUUAUGAAUUGUUUAUUUCUGGAAUUUUCCAUAUAAUAUUUUUGACCACAAUUGCCCAUGGAUAACUGAAACCAUGGAAAGUGGAACUGUGGAUAAGGCAGGACUACUGUAACUAUGACAUCAAUGGUAGGAACCUGAAGCAUAAUUCUGCUGUAGUGGAUUUUUUCAAAAGAAACUCAUGAAUGAAAAAUAAUUUAUUAGAUAUAAGAAAGGAUGCAUUUGUAUCUCAAACUUUACUUAUUCUGGAAAUGAAUGAAAAGCCAACACCUAUUACAUACCCACAAAAAUGAAAAAAUAAAUAAAUGUAAAGCCAUAGUUCAGUACUGAUGGAAUCUGAGAAAAUUUAUAUGACAGUGAACCCACACGUCUGUAUUGAAUGUGGGAAAGGCUACACUUGUAUUGCAUCCCUGACCCAGCAUCAGAAAACACAUAUCAGAGAGAAACCUUAUGAAUGUAAAAUAUGUGGUAAGUCCUUUACCCGGAACACUAAUCUUAUUCAACAUCAAGGAAUACACACUGGAGAGAAACCUUAUGAAUGUAAUGAAUGUGGGAAAGCUUUUAGUCAGAGCACUAAUCUUAUUCAGCAUCAAAGAGUCCAUACUGGGGAGAAACCUUAUGAGUGUAAUGAAUGUGAAAAAACCUUUAGUCAUAGGUCAUCCCUUAGAAAUCAUGAGAGAAUCCAUACUGGAGAAAAACCCUAUCCUUGUAAUGAAUGUGGGAAAGCUUUCAGCCAUAUCUCUGCCCUUACUCAACAUCAUAGAAUUCAUACUGGAAAGAAACCAUAUGAAUGUACUGAAUGUGGAAAAACCUUCAGCCGCAGCACACACCUAAUUGAACAUCAGGGAAUUCAUUCUGAGGAAAAAUCCUACCAGUGUAAGGAAUGUCGGAAAGUUUUUUGCCACAGUACAUCACUAAUCCGACAUCAGAGAACCCACACAGGAGAGAAACCAUAUGAAUGUAAUGAAUGUGGGAAAGCUUUCAGCCAUACCCCAGCCUUCAUUCAACAUCAAAGAAUUCAUACUGGAGAAAAACCCUAUGAGUGUAAUGCAUGUGGAAAGGCCUUCAAUCGGAGUGCACAUCUUACUGAACACCAGAGAACUCAUACUGGAGAGAAGCCCUAUGUUUGUAAAGAAUGUGGAAAAACCUUCAGUCGAAGUACACACCUUACUGAACAUCUAAAAAUUCACUCUGGUGUGAAACCCUAUCGAUGUAAUGAAUGUCAGAAACUGUUUUGCUAUAGAACCUCACUAAUUCGACAUCAGAGGACGCAUACAGGAGAGAAACCCUACCAGUGUAAUGAAUGUGGGAAAUCCUUCAGCUUAAGCUCAGCUCUGACUAAACAUAAGCGAAUACAUACAAGGUAGAGACUCUAUCAAUGUAAUAAGUGUGGUAAUGUCUUUUGUCAUAGUACAUCCUUAAUUCGACAUCGGAAAACUCAUUUCAGAAAGGAAACCUUAGCAGAGUAAUGAGUGUGGGAAAGCCUGCAGUCAGUCGUAGGUUAUUGUUUACACCUGAGCACUCAGUACAAGCAACCCUAGGAUUGUUAUGUGAGGAAAAUCUUCAGGCAAAACACUCAUUUACUUAAUAUGCUAUUUGUACUGGGAAGAAAGACUAUGCUUAUAAUCUAAAAAAGGUGUUAUUGAAAGAGAAAGUUAUAAUGGAAGUGUUCAUCCAAAACUGAGGGUUUUUUUUAAAGACAUAUUUAGAAAGUUAUUUUCAGAGAUAAUUUAUUAAAAUGUAUAUAUUUGCUUAUAAAGAAGCCUUUGGAAUUACACAGAAAUCUUAGUAAGAUAAUGAAAAUUGUUCACUCUAUAUAUAAUCCCUUUUUUGGUUAUUAAGUCCUAUGUUAUAUUUCAGCAUUCAAGAAACACUUUUAUGGAGGGUUUGAAAAUAAAAUUGACAGAUUUCAUUAAUAGCCAUAGACAAAUAAUGUUUUCUCCCACAAAGAUACUAUGCGUUAUUUUCUAAGAUUUAUGUAAUAUUUUUUAAUGGACUAUAUAUAUGGUUACAAAGAAAAUUGCAAUAAAUUCCCAGAGGGAAAUAUUCAGGCCCUCCCUAAUUGUUUUCAGUGCAAUGCAGUAAAAAUAGAAAUGAAAACAACUAAAAGUAGCACUCCAACAUGAUUUAGAAAUUUAAAAUAAGUUUCUAAGUAAUUUUGGAGUUAAAGAAUAAAUCUGUACAGAAAAAGUGAUUCUUAGAAGACAAUAAAACUAGAACAAAAAUUAUACAUUGAAUUCAGACAGGAAAAAUAAUAAUAUAAACCCAAAGAAAAGAAAAUAAAUGCUUUAAUAAAGAUAAAACCACACCUCAAUGAAAUAGUUAAAAAAGGUAGAUUUCGUAAGGCAAUAGACAAACUUCUAGCAAGUAGGAACGAUGGGAAAAGGACAAAAAAUCCAAGAGUAAGAAAAUGAUUAGAAAUAUAUAUGGAAGGAAACUUAAAUACUCGAAGUCAAUCAUUAAGAAAUCUAGCAGUUUAGUAAAGUCAGUACUAAGGUUUAUUUUAGAACUUAUAGACUAUUUCAAAAAUAGAAAUCUACAUUAAUAAAGAAAGCCCUAUCUUAAUAGAUGCUGUAAAAAUCAUUUAAUAAAAUUCUAUAUACAUUGGUGACUUUUAAGUUAGAAAGAAAAUUCCUUAUAUUGUAUAUUGAUGAUGAACAUGUAUUAGUGUGUGUUCUCCAGAGAGAGAAGAAAGAAGGAAGAGAAUGGAGAGAGAGAGGAAGGAAAGGAGAGAGAGAGAAAGGAAGGAAAGGAGAGAGAGGGAAAGAAGGGAGAGAGAGAGAGGGAAAGAAGGAAGGGAGAGAGAGGGAAAGAAGGAAGGGAGAGAGAGGGAAAGAAGGAAGGGAGAGAGGGAAAGAAGGAAGGGAGAGAGAGGGAAAGAAGGAAGGGAGAGAGAGGGAAAGAAGGAAGGGAGAGAGAGGGAAGGAAGGGAGAGGGGGAAAGAAGGAAGGGAGAGAGGGAAAGAAGGAAGGGAGAGAGAGGGAAAGAAGGAAGGGAGAGAGAGGGAAAGAAGGAAGGGAGAGAGAGGGAAAGAAGGAAGGGAGAGAGAGGGAAAGAAGGAAGGGAGAGAGAGGGAAAGAAGGAAGGGAGAGAGAGGGAAAGAAGGAAGGGAGAGAGGGAAAGAAGGAAGAGAGAGAAAGGAAGGAAGGAGAUGUGCAUGGACAUUAAUGGAUGAUAAGAAGCCCAAGAUCUGCAGUCAGCAAGCUGGAGACUCAGGAGAGCUGAUGGUAAGUUCUAGUCUUGAGUUUGAAGGCCUGAGUCUUCUGAAGGGCAGGAAAACUGAAGGUGUAUGUUCCAGUCUGACUUGGCAGGCAGGCAGAAGACUAGUGUCCCAGCUUGAAGACAGGCAGGGAGAGAAGUCUUUUACUCAGCCUUUUAUUCUAUUUGGGCCUACAAUGGAUUGGAUGAGGUCUACAGCCACAUUGAAUAGGGAAAUCUGCUUUACUUAGUCUACUGGUUCAAAUGUUAACCUCUUCUUUGAAACACAUUCAAAGACACCUAGAAAAAUGUUUAUUCAGAUAUCUGAGCACCACAUAUUUGGACUGUCAAGUUGACACAUAAAAUUAACCAUCAUGGGCUGUUUACUAUAAACCUACAAAAAAACCCAUGAAUAACCCAAAGCAUUCUUACCAGAGAUAGGAAUGAGAUAAAUGAUGUUUGAUGCCACCAUUAUUAGUCAAUAUUAUGCUAAAGAUCCCAGGUAAUCCAAUUAGAGAAAAAAAUAAGAUAGCAGUAAUUUAAAGGAAGAGAAAAACUGUGAUAAUUUGAAAUACAUUCAGUAUUAGAAAAUCCAAUUAGUAGAACUACUAAAAUGAUAUAUGUAUAAAACAAUAUACUAAUUUAAAAAGUAGAAAUAGAAAAGGUAGUAGAAAGAAGUGACAUUUACAAUUUUGACAAGCUAAAAAUACCAGGAAUUUAGAAAAUCCAAGAUGUGAUUAUAGGAUAAACCUUUUCUAAAAAAUAUAGAUUAUAAUAAAUGAAAAUAACUGAUUGGGAAAAUUGGAAAAAUAAGGUAAAGAUUCCAGUUUGUAUUUAUCUUUGAUUUGUAAAUUUAAUUGAAUCACGAUAUAAAUGGAAUUUUUAAAAUAACAUCUAUAUUAAGAUAUAAUUCACAAGAAACAGCUGCAGACAGAGGCUCACACUGAGAAGAAUGAAAACAGCAAGUAAAUCCUGCACUGGUGACUGAGGUAUCCAGGUUCUCCUAUUGGGACUGACUAGGCAAUUGGCAUGACCCACAGAGAGUGAGGAAAAGCAGGGUGGUGCGAUGGCCCACCUGGAAGCCACACAAGGCAAAGGGAGCUCCCACCUGCAGCCAAGGGAGGCAAUGAGUGAUUGUGCUACCCUGCCCAGGAAACCAGUUUUCUCAUGGAUCUGUACAAACCACAGAUCAGGAGAUCCCCUUCGUGAGCCCACACCAGCAGGGCCUUGGUGUGUAUCCACGAGGCUGGAGAGAGCCUACCACAGAGCUGUGCAGAUUCUCAGCAGACACUAGGCUGGAGACUGCCUAAGGCUGCUGAGUUCCCGGAGGAAGGAGUGGCCACCAUCACUGUGGCUUACUGCUGCCUAAGCUGACUUGAGUUCCUGGUGAGAGGAGUGGCAGCCAUCACUGCAACUCCAAUCUGCCAUUUUUACCCUGCCAGUGCUGGGGAGACUGAGCGGUUUGGACCCAGGAGGAAUUGCCCACAGCACAGCACAGCAGCUAUAAAAGGUUAUGACCAGGCUGUCUCUUUAGGCCAGAUCCUGAUCAGUCCUCACUGGGUGGGGUCUCCCUGCAGGAACUUCAGCAAUUCCUGCCAGGGGUUUAGAAACAGAACACUGAUCUCUCUGAGACUGAGCUCUUGUGGGGAGGUGUGGCUGUGGUCUCCAUGGAUCAACAGACUUAGUCUUUUCCCCCUGGUGGCUCUGAGGAAUCCGGGCAGUCUGGAUGAGUGGGAUUCCACCCAGCAUAGCACACCCCCUCUGCCAAGGGGCAGCUACAGUGAUUUGCUAGGUGGGUCCUGGAUCCCAUGCCUCCUGACUGGGGAGAUCUCCCCAACAGAGGUCACCAGACACCGUAUACAGGAGCAUUCCUGCUGGCCUUAGGUUGGUGCCCCUCUGAGACAGAAAUCCCAGAGGAAGGAGCAGGCAGCCAUCUUUGCUGUUUUCCAGCCUCCACUGGUGACACCUCCAAGCAUGGGAGGGACCCCUAGCAAACUGCAGCAGCCCUAUGGAAGAGGAGCCUGACUGUUAAAAGAAAAACAAACAGCAACAGCAACAACAGCAUCAACAAAAGAGUCCCACAAAAAACGUAUCCAAAGGUCAGCAGCCUCAAAGAUCAAAGCUAGAUAAACUCAUGAAAUGAGAAAGAAUCAACAAAAAAAUAACCCCACUGAAAACUCAAAAAGCCAGAGUGCCUCUUCUCCUCCAAUUGAUUGCAACACCUCUCCAGCAAGGACACAGAACUGGGCAGAGGCUGAGAUGGAUGAAUUGACAGAAGUAGGCUUCAGAAGGUGGGUAAUAACGAACAUUGCUGAGCUAAAGGAGCAUGUUCUAAUCCAAUGGAAAGAAGCUAAGACUCAUGAUAAAACAUUACAGAAGCUAUUAACCAGAAAAACCAGUUUAGAGAGGAACAUAAAUGACCUGAUGGAGCAGAAAAAUACAAUACAAGAACCUCACAAUGAAGCCACAAAUAUCAAUAACCAAAUAGACUGGAGAAAAGAAUUUCAGAGCUUGAAGACUAUCUUGCUGAAAUAAGACGGGCAGACAAGAUUAGGGAAAAAAAGAAUGAAAAGGAAUUAACAAAACCUCUGAGAACUAUGGGAUUAUGUAUAAAAGACCAAACCUAUGACUGAUUGGGGUACCUGAGAGAGAAUGGAACCAAGUUGGAAACCAUACUUCAGGAUGUCAUCCAGGAGAACUUCCCCAACCUAACAAGACAAGCCAACAUUCGUAUUCAGGAAAUCUAGAGAACCCCAGUAAGACACUCCAUGAGAAGAUCAACCUGAAAACAUAAUCAUCAGAUUCUCCAAGGUCUAAAUGAAGCAAAAAAUGUUAAGGUCAGCCAGAAAGAAAGGCCAGGUGACCUACAAAGGGAAGCCCAUGAGAAUAACAAUGGACCUCUCAGCAGAAACCCUAUAAGCUAGAAGAGGGGCCAAUAUUCAACAUUCUUAAAGGAAAGAACUUCCAACCCAGAAUUUUACAUACAACCAAACUAAGCUUCAUAAGCAAAGAAGUAAAAUCCUCUUCAGACAAGCAAAUGCUGAGGGAAUUCAUUGCUACCAGGCCUCCCUUGCAAGAGCUCCUGAAGGAAGCACUAAAUGUAGAAAGGAAAAUUUAUUUCCAGCCACUCCUAAAACACACUGAAACAUAAAGACCAGUGACACUAUGAAACAACUACAUCAACAAGUCUGCAAAAUAACCAGCUAGCAUGAUGAUGACAGGAUCAAAUUCACACAUAACAAUAUUAACUUUAAAUGUAAAUGGGCUAAAUGCCCCAAUUAAAAGACACAGAAUGGCAAGCUGGAUAAAGAGUCAAGACCUGUCAGUGUGUUGUAUUCAGGAGACUCAUCUCGUGUGCAAAGAGACAUAUAGGCUGAAAAUAAAGGGAUGGCAGAAAAUUUACCAAACAAAUGGAAAGCAGAAAAAAGCAGAGGUUGCAAUACUAGUUUCUGACAAAACAGACUUUAAACCAACAAAGAGCAAAAAACACAAAGAAGGGCAUUACAUAAUGGUAAAGGAUUCAAUUCAAGAAGAAGAGCUAACUAUUCUAAGUAUAUAUGCGCCCUAUACCAGAGCACCCAGACUCAUAAAACAAGUUCUUAGAGACCUACAAAGAGACUUAGAUUCCCACCCAAUAACAGUGGGAGACUUUAACAUGCCACUGUCAAUAUUAGAUCAUCAAGACAGAAAAUUAACAAGAAUAUUCAGGACUUGAACUCACUUCUGGAUCAAGCAGACCUGAUAAUUAUCUACAGAACUCUCCACCAAAACACAACAGAAUGUACAUUCUUCUCGGUGCCACAACGCACUUACUCUAAAAUUGAUCACAUAAUUGGAAGUAAAACACUCUUCAGUAAAUGCAGAAGAACUGAAAUCAUAAAUCACAGUCUCUCAGACCACAGCACAAUCAAAUUAGAACUCAAGAUUAAGAAAUUCACUCAAAAUCACACAACUACAUGGAAAUUGAACAGCCUUCUCCUGAAUGACUCCUGGGUAAAUAAUGAAAUUAAGACAGAAAUCAAGUUGUUUUUUGAAACAAAGGAGAACAAAGAGUCAACAUGCCAGAAUCUCUGGGAUGCAGCUAAAGCAAUGUUAAAAGGGAAAUUUAUAGCACUAAAUGCCCACGUCAGAAAGCUAGAAAGAUCUCAAAUAGACACCCAGCAUCACAACUGAAAAAACGAGAACCAAGAGCAAACAAACCCAAAGCUAGCAGAAGACAAGAAAUAACCAAGAUCAGAGUGGAUAGACACACAAAUAACCCUUCAAAAAAAUCAAUGAAUCCAGGAGCUGGUUUUGGUAAAAACUAAUAAAAUAGAUUGCUAACUGGACUAAUGAAGAAAAGAGGGAAGAAUCAAAUAGACACAAUAAAAAAUGAUAAAGGGGAUAUCACCCCUGACCCCACAGAAAUACAAACAACCAUCAAAGACUACUAUAAACACUUGUAUGCAAAUAAACUAGAAAAUAUAGAAGAAAUGGAUACAUUCCUGGACACAUACACCCUCCCAAGACUGAACCAGGAAGUUGAACCCCUGAAUAGACCAAUAACAAGUUCUGAAAUUGAGGCCGUAAUAAAUAAACUACCAACCAAAAAAAAAAAAAAAAAAAAGCCCAGGACCAGAUGGAUUUACAGCUGAAUUCUACCUGAGGUACAAAGAGAAGCUAGUACCAUUUCUUCUGAAUCUAUUCCAAACAACUGAAAAGGAGGGACUCCUCCCUAACUCAUUUUAUGAGGCCAGCAUCAUCCUGAUAUGAAACCUGGCAGAGAUAAAACAAAAGGAAACUUCAGGGCAAUAUCUGUGAUGAACAUCGUUGCAAAAAUUUUUGAUAAAAGACUGGCAAACUGAAUCCAGGAACACAUCAAAAUGCUUAUCCAGUAAUAUCAAAUCAGCUUCCUCCCUGGGAUGCAAGGUUGGUUCAACAUAUACAAGUCAAUAAAUGUAAUUCAUCACAUAAACAGAACUAAAGACAAAAACCACAUGAUUAUCUCAAUAGAUGCAGAAAAGAUCUUAGAUAAAAUUCAACAUUGCUUCAUGUUAAAAACUCUCAAUAAACUAGGUUUUGAUGGAACAUACCUCAAAAUAAUAAGAGCCACAUGACAAACCCACAGCCAAUAUCAGACUGAAUGGGCAAAACCUGGAAUCUUUCCCCUUGAAAACCAGCACAAGACAAGGAUGUCCUCUAUCACGACUUCUAUUCAACGUGGUAUUGGAAGUUCCAGCCAGGGCAAUCAGUCAAGAGAAAGAAAUAAAGCGUAUUCAAAUAGGAAGAGAGGAAGUCAAACUGUCUCUUUUUGCAGAUGACAUGACCCUAUAUCUAGAAAACUCCAUUGUCUCAGCCCAAAAGCUUCUUAAGCUGAUAAGCAACUUCAGCAAAGUCUCAGCAUACAAAAAUGACAAGAGUUCCUAUACACCAACAAUAGGCAAGCAGAAAGCCAAAUCAUGAACUCCCAUUCACAAAUGCUACAAAAAGAAUAAAAUACCUAGGAAUACAGAUAACAAGGGAAGUGAAGGACCUCUUCAAGGAGAAUACAAACCACUGCUCAAGUAAAUAAGAGAGGACACAAACAAAUGGAAAAACAUUCCAUGAUCAUGGAUAGGAAGAAUCAAUAUCAUGAAAAUGGCCAUGCUGCUCAAAGUAAUUUCUAGAUUCAGUGCUAUUCCCAUUAAACUACCAUUGACAUUCUUCACAGAAUUAGAAAAAAAUACUUUAAUGUUCAUAUGGAACCAAAAAAAGCCCAAAUAGCCAAGACAAUCCUAUGCAAAAAGAACAAAGCUGGAGGCAUCACACUACCCAACUCCAAACUAUACUACGAGGCAACAGUAACUAAAAGAGCAUGGUACUGGUCCAAAAAUGACACACAGACCAAUGGAACAGAAUAGAAAUCUCAGAAAUAAGACCACACAGCUGGAACCAUCUGACCUUCAACAAACCUGAAAAAACAAGCAAUGGGGAAAGGAUUUCCUAUUUAAUAAGUGGUGCUGGGAGAACUGGCUAGCAAUAUGCAGAAAAUUGAAACUGGACCCCUUCCCUACACCUUAUAGAAAAAUGAACUCAAAAUGGAUUAAAGACUUAAAUCUAAAACCCAAAACUAUAAAUAUCCUAGAAGAAAAGAUAGGCAAUACCAUUCAGGACAUAGGCACAGGCAAAGAUUUCAUGAUGAAAAUGCCAAAAGCUAUUGCAACAGAAGCAAAAAUUGACAAACAGGAUCUAAUUAAACUAAAGAGCUUCUGUACAGCAAAAGAAACUAUCAUCAGAGUGAACAGAAAAUCUACAAAAUGAGGGAAAAUUUUGUAACCUAUCCAUCUGACAAAGGUCUAAUAUCCAGAGUCUGCAAGGAACCCAAACAAAUUUACAAGAACAAACAAA